GACAUAAUUUCAUUUGUUUAUCAUGCUUAUUCUCAUUUUAUGUCUCUCAUCUCAAUAUCUUUUACUCUAUCUUUUAUUCUCAUUACUAUUUGUAUCUUCACCAUUAAUCCUCACCAUCUUAUAAGAACACUUCUUCAACCAACUAAGGACGAGACAAGAAUUUAGGGUUUCGGUUCAUUUUGAGCGUUUAGGGCCCAUUCAAGUGGUGAUUUUCCGAGCUUUGUUGAGUUCUAAUCUCAUUUGAUGAUACUGAUUUCAUUGAGGAGUCGUAUUGAUUGUGCUAGUUGGUUUGCUGUAAUUUAAAAGGUGCCUGAAGGUUAGAGUCGGGAUAUGGGCAGAGAGCUACGUCCUCUCAUUUUGUGUAUAUAGUUAUAAUAUUUCUUUCCGCCUUAGUUUUAUGUGUAAUUAGUAUUUUAAAACUUAAAGAUGUAAAUAUUAAUCUGCGUUAAAUCUUUUCGGUUAGGUUGUAAUAGUUUAAAUAAGUUAUGAUUUAGAUUUUGGUUAGAUAGUUUUCCUUAGCGAUUAUUCUUAUAAUAAUCGUGGAAUAACACGCCUGAAAUUACGAGUUAGGAAAGGCAUUGGUGAUUGAGCUAUGUGGAGUUGAAAGUUUGGAAUAUGGAAUGAUUGAUUUGUUGAAACAGAUUUAUAUUUUGGACGUCGGUCCUAAAUUAAUGUUUUAGGCAGUCCAUUUUUCAAAUGGAACUCUGCCGAAAUUUCGGUAGAAUUAUUAUGCUAUAUAAUAUAGUAUAGUUAGUCACUCGAAAUUCAGGGGCGUUAUACCCUCCCCUGUCCUUUAGUGCUUGAACCAACCCUACCCUGCCCCUUCCUCUACCGUAUCACUUUUGCGCAACUAAGCCUUUGACCUUAAGCAUGUAACCCUCUGACAUAAUAUGAGUUGUGGAAUGGGGUGGGAUGUGAUCCUUAUUUUGAAGUCGUCUCAUAUAUAAAAGACCUUUUAAAAUACUGUCUGAAAUGAGAAUUUGUGAAAACCGUUCUUAUGAUUGGAGGAUUGGAUCCAACCACAAGUUCAUAAUUAUAAUUUUUUUCUUCUUUUUGUUGGAUUUUUUUUUCAUUGCACAAAAAAAUGAUUGACCUUUCAUAAAUGAAAAAGGAUUAAAUUGGGUGAAUUUAGACGGUUUUCAUCAAUUUAUGAAUUUUGUAAGAUUUUGAGUUUAUUAUGGAGGUGUUAAUUUGAAUUAUUAGGUCAAUUUUAGGCCAUGUAUUACAAAUUAUUUAAAAUCAGAUCUUAUUUUCACAUUAAUUUUUAUAUAAUUUAAAUUUCAUUUUAAAGAUAGGUUAAUUCAAUUAUAAAGUUAGACAAAUAUUAAAUAUUGGAAUUGACGUGAUUGACGGGUGCACUCACUUAAUGCUUAGGUCUAUUUAUUUGGACAAUACUAGUUAGUAUUUAAUAAGUAUUUCAUAUUCUUCCAACUCAAAAAAUCAAGAGGUAUAAAGAGUGACGUAAGAAAUAUGGAAAACGAUGAAGAAUAUCAAUCAUUAUUUGAAACAAAGAAAGCUAAAGGAAGGUUGAUUAACAAAUUAUUUGCAGGGUCAAUUUUAAUAUCAAUAAUUGUUGUAUGGGUUUAUAGAAUCACUCAUAUUCGCUCCAAGGAUGAUGAAGGAAGAUGGGUUUGGGUCGGAUUAUUUGUGGCUGAAAUUUGGUUCACUUUCUAUUGGAUACUUACUCAAGUUCUUCGUUGGAAUCUUGUUUUUCGUACUACCUUUAAAGAUCGACUUUCUCUUAGGUACGAGAAUGAACUACCGAAGGUGGACAUAUUUGUAUGUACUGCAGAUCCAGUGAGAGAGCCACCAAUAAUGGUGAUCAACACAGUAUUAUCAGUCAUGGCUUACAAUUACCCACCAAACAAGCUCACCAUUUAUUUAUCUGAUGAUGCCUGCUCUAUUUUAACCUUUUAUUCUCUCUUUGAGGCUUCCAAAUUCUCUAAAUAUUGGUUGCCUUAUUGUAGAAAAUUUAAUGUUGAGCCAAGGUCUCCUCUUGUCUAUUUUGCCUCUAUGGAUACCAACCAUUCUACUAAUUUUGUACAAAUUAAGAAAAUUUAUGAAGAAAUGCAAAAGCGAAUCGAAGAAUCAAUAAAAAUUGGUCGAAUUCCAGAAGUGUAUGAUCAGCACAAAGGAUUUUUGCAGUGGAAAAGCUCAUUUUCUUCUAAAAUUGACCAUGACACUAUCCUUCAGAUAUUAAUAGAUAACAGAGAUUCAAAGGCAAAAGAUGUUGAGGGGUGCACUUUACCUACUCUUGUCUAUUUAGCCCGAGAGAAGCGACCUCAGCACUUCCACAACUUUAAAGCUGGAGCUAUGAAUGCAUUGAUUCGAAUAUCUUCAAAAAUUAGCAAUGCACCAAUAAUCCUGAAUGUGGAUUGUGAUAUGUACUCAAACAAUUCACAAUCUAUUCGUGACGCACUUUGUUUCUUCAUGGACGAGAAGAAGAGCCAAGGCAUUGCAUUUGUACAAUUUCCCCAAGUAUUUGAAAAUAUCACUAAGAACAAUAUUUAUGGUGCCUCAAUCAGAGUCAUCCAACAAGUGGAGUUGCCGGGUAUGGAUGCGUUAGGAGGUGCAUUCUAUAUUGGAACGGGCUGUUUUCACCAAAGAGAGAUUUUGUACGGAAGGAAGUAUAGCAAAGACUAUAAAUUUGAGUGGAAUAUGCAAAAUGGUAUAUAUGUGGAAGGUAAAGUGGAUGAAUUGGAAGAUAAAGCCAAGGGUCUUGCUAGUUGUACUUAUGAGAUGAACACUCAAUGGGGAAAAGAGAUGGGUUUGAAAUAUGGAUGCGCCAUUGAAGAUAUACUAACAGGGUUGGGAAUCCAUUGUCGAGGAUGGAAAUCAGUGAUGAUGAAUCCAGAAAGGCGUGCUUUCUUAGGGGUGGCUCCAAUCACAUUGAUCGAUAGCUUAAUCCAACAUAAUAGAUGGACUGCUGGUUGGGUUGAGAUCAUGUUAUACCAUUCUUCUUUAUUGUUUCAACUUGCAAGACUACGCUUUGGUCUUUUUUUGGGUUACUUGCACUAUAAUUUUUGGGCAUUCAAUUGUUUUGCUACCUUUUAUUAUUGCAUCAUCCCAUCACUUUAUAUGCUCAAAGGCACUUCCUUAUUUCCUGAGAUAUCAAGCACAUGGUUUCUUCCUUUUGGUUAUAUCAUCAUAGCCAAGAACUCUUACAGUCUAGGAGAAUAUCUACACUGCGGCAGCACUCUUUUAGGCUGGUGGAAUGAACAAAGAAUGUGGUUGUACAAGAGAACAACCUCUUACCUCUUGGCAAUCAUUGAUACAAUUCUAAAACUCUUGGGAUUCUCUAGCAUGAAAUUUGUGAUAACAUCCAAAAUAACAGAUAAAAAUGUGUCGAAAAGAUACGAAAACGAUAUCAUGGAAUUCGGGGUUGAUUCAUCCAUGUUUGUCAUCUUGGAAUCCAUAGCAUUGUUGAAUUUGUUUACCUUCUUGGCAAUGGUUAAGAAGGUUAUGAUGGGGAUGAAGAAUGAAAGAGAGAUGCUCAUUGAUAAAUUGGCAUUGCAAAUUGUACUAUGUGGAGUUUUGGUUCUAAUCAAUUUGCCUUUGUAUGGGAGUGUUUUGAGGAAUGAUAAAGGCAAGAUGCCCAUCUUUGUAACCAUUAAGGCAAUCUUCAUAGCUCUUUUUAUUUGUAUUCUGUUUUUAAUGUUUUAACAAUGACAAAUUACCAACAAACAUUCGAAAAGACGUCGAUAUAUUGUAAUUUAAAACACUCGUAAAUAUUUUUCACUCCAUAUACUCUAAAAAGUCUAUGGUAUUAUAAGCUUAA